AUGAGGUUGAAAAAUGAAGACAACGUACAUAAACCUUUUAGAGGAAAAGUAGUAAUACGUGGAGGUGAUUUUAGACAAAUAAUUCCUGUAAUAACUAGAGGAAGCAAACAGGAGGUUGUGGAAGCUACUGUAAACUCUUCAUCAUUGUGGAAGCAUUACAAAGUUAUGAAAUUGUCUAACAACAUGCAGAUAACCGCAUCUGAGACGACUGAUGAAGCAAAAGAAAUCAAAGGGAUUCUUAAAAUUGGAAAUGGUGAUCAUCCUGAUUUCGGAGCUGGAGAGUAUGAUGUUCAAAUCCCGCCAGAUCUGCUCAUCCCAAUUAGUCAUGACCCAUUAAUGGAGUUGAUUAAAUAUACAUAUCCUGACCUUCCGCGCAAAAUGAAAGACCACAAUUCUUUCAAGAUAGAGCAAUAUUGGCCCCUACACUAG